AUGUCGCACUCCAAACGCAACACCUCCCUCGCCUUUUUCACCUCCUAUGAGCGCUCCCUCCUACGUAACUCCUGGGGCAGUCAAUCCACCCGCCUGACCCGGGACUCCUUUCUUCCCUUCGCAUCGUGUCGCCUCUGUCUCCUCCCGGCGAGAGAUCCGGUGGCCUGCUCUGGCGGAGCAAAGGCAGAUGUUUUCUGUCGGGAAUGUGCAUUGAAUGACCUGGUCGCACAGAGGAAGGAAAUCAAGAGGCUAGAGCGGGAAUGGGAGGAUCGAGAGACCGACAAAGGAGAGGCCGAAAGACUGGAUAAGGAAGAAGAGGCAAGGAGAGAACUUGAGAAGUUCGAGAGGACUGCUCAAGGCUUGGAAGUGAGUAGCGUGGCGGCAAAUGGCAACAGGAAGAAGAGAAAGGUUGAUGAGCUGGAGAGUGCUGAGAUACCUGACAGCCGAAAGUUGAAGAGUGGUGAAGAAAAGACUGAGGCUUCUUUCUGGGUUCCCGGCGUGGACGUAAAGUCUUCCAAUCCACUUAUGCAAGCGAACGACAAGCCGAGCAAGCUACAUCCUAUUUGUCCAGCGUCUACUCCGUCCACCAAGCACCCUUACUCGUUGAGGACACUCAUCACGGUCCACUUUACGGAAGAGAAAGACGAUAAAACGGAAAAUAAUGUCCGGACCUGUCCUGCAUGCAAGAAAGGACUUAGCAACAGCUCGAAAGCAACACUCGCCAAACCAUGUGGACAUGUACUUUGCGGAAGCUGUGUUGAGAAGUUUAUGAAGCUGCCUGACAUACCUCAUGCCCAUAAUCCUGACCCGAAGGAGAAGCACGGCGACGUACUGUGCUAUGUAUGCGAAACGGACGUGACAGAGCGGAGGCAGAAGCCAGGAAAGGAGCAUGGAAGAAAGGAUAAGAUCCGGCCAGGAUUGGUGGAGAUCAGUUGUGAGGGCACGGGAUUUGCAGGAGGAGGAACGAACAUGGCAAAGCGGCAGGGACUCUUCGAUCAGGAGAUUCUACACGCACUCUUUGCCACACAAUUCUUCGCCUUCUUUGCACAUAGCCGAGCUAAAAGCAUGAGUGAGCCAAUGGUUGUCAAAUACCUUAUCACUAGAGCUCAAAUUGACGCUGCCACAAAUCCAUUUCUCUCUGCGACAUGCAGUUUGGCCCAGACAUUGGGGAGAGACAAAUCUCCAGAAAAGCAGCUUGAAUAUGUCAGGGGUUUAUUUACCGCCAUGAGUGCUCGUUUUGGUAGCGCGAAAAUGCUUAAGUGGCUAAGGGGAGCACACAAACCAGGCUUUAGCCUCAUCUGCGACAAUCCUAACAUGGACCACCCUGACAUGCUCUCAAUAGCUGUCACGCUAGGAAACACAUCGCAUGUCGAAAGCCUGCUUCAGAAAGGGAUUGAUGCCGACUCUGAAAGUGACUUCGGGUUGCCUUUGGUCAUUGCUGUCAACACAGGUCAACUUGAAAUGGUCCACCUGCUGCUCAAGCACAAAGCUAAUAUCACCAAAUCGGUCUCGAAGGGGGAGGCUGAAUUGGGUUCCAACGGCCAAAGCGCAUUCGAUGCAGCUGCAGCCUCUGGUAAUGUCCAUUUGACACGGCUUAUCUUAUCAGAAAAGUAUUCUGUUGUUGCCACUAACCCAAAAUAUGAACGGGCAAUCUACCAUGCAGCGAGAGGUGGACAUCAAGAGAUGGUUUGGUACUUGAUAGACAAAGGGACGCAAUGGUCAGGUCUGGUGCGCAUCAAAUCCUUGGUUAUGAUCGAAGGGGCGAUGGCAGGACAAACCGGGAUCGUCUCGAUGAUGCUCAAACACGGCAUAGAUGUCGACUUCCGAGACCCAGCAAGAUAG